CACGCUUGUUAUAAUGGACAAUGCUUCUGAAUUCCGCCGCGCUGCGCGUGCUCUUCUCGACCACUUAGAUUCCGAAAAAAACAUUAAUGCUUCAGUUUUCGAAACCAACAUCAGAGUUGUCGGUGGACUUAUCUCAGCUCAUCUUUUGUCACGUAGAGCUGGGUUUGAAGUGGAACCAUCCUGGCCGUGUUCUGGAGCACUUCUAAGACAGGCAGAAUUGUUUGCUAAUAAACUCCUACCCGCCUUCAACACCCCGACUGGAAUGCCAUAUGGUACGGUGAACUUCCAACUGGGUGGCGUUCCGAAUGGAGAGACACCAGUCACUUGUGUUGCUGGCAUUGGAACAUUUAUUUUGGAGUUUGGAACAUUAUCCCGCCUUACAGGAGAUCCCAGAUAUGAGGCGGCUGCAAUGCGUGCCCUGAAGGCAAUGUGGAAAUAUAGAUCUUCUAUUGGAUUAUUGGGAAACCAUAUCGAUGUUAUCACUGGUAGUUGGACAGCUCGUGAUGCCACUAUUGGUUCAGGGGUCGAUUCUUAUUUCGAAUAUUUGGUUAAAGGUGCAGCACUGUUCCGGCUUCCUGAGCUAGAUUCUAUGUUUCGAGAGUAUAGAGUAGCAAUUGAGAAAUACAUUCGACAUGGUGAUUGGAAUCCAAUGAUAAACAAAGACAAAGGUGGAGUUACAGUGGCAGUAUUUCAAAGUCUUGAAGCAUUUUGGCCUGGUUUAUUGGCACUUACAGGUGAUAUUGAAGGUGCUCGUAGACAUUUGAUUGCCUACCAUGAAAUAUGGAGAAAAUAUGGAUUUCUUCCAGAGUUUUAUAGUUUAACUGAUGAAAAAGCCUACAAGGGUCGUGAAGCAUAUCCAUUACGACCAGAAUUAAUCGAAUCCAUUCUCUACGUAUAUCGUGCCACACGUGAUCCUUCUCUGAUUGACAUGGGUGUAGACAUUUUGACUUCAAUUGAAGUUUCGGCGCGUACACCCUGUGGUUUUGCGACGGUUUCAGAUGUUACAAAACAUACAUUAGAAGAUAGAAUGGAAUCAUUUUUCUUAGCAGAAACAACAAAAUAUUUAUAUUUAUUAUUUGAUGAAAAUAAUUUCAUACAUCAAUUACCAGGUGAACGAUUAUCUUCCGAAAGAACUGCUCGUUCACCAUCAGGACUUCAAUGUUAUCCAGAAUUAGGUGGUUACAUUUUUAAUACAGAAGCUCAUCCUAUUGAUCCUGGUGCGUUGAAUUGUUGUUUUGCACCACACUUGGAUGAUAUUGUACAAGCAUCUAAAGUUGAAACAUUAUUAACUGAUCUUAAUCAUUUUCAACAGUUAAACAACAAUGAUGAUGAUGAAGUUGAUGAUAACGCUACUGAUGCAUCGGGUGAAGUUGCAGAAAUUGAUUUACUUUCAACUGUUGAUUCAAUAUUCAAUGAACAUAUUCAAUCACAACUUGGUGAUUAUGAUUAUUAUUUAUUCAAUGAUUCAUUCACAUGGAUAAUGAAUCAAUCAUCAUUUAAUUGUUUUAAUAAUGCAUAUUUUGAUUCUGAUUUAAUUAAUUCAUGGAUAGAAUUACGUAAAAUUAUUAAUUCUUCAAUUUCAGUAAUUGAAAAUGAUGAUCAAUUACAAAAAGUCAAUAAUAUUGUGCUUGAUUCAACUAAACCUCCAUUACUUACUUGCCCAUAUCCAUCAUUUCAAGAUAGAUUUGGUAUAUUUGAAUUGUUAACAUCAACAUGAUUUUGUUUCUACCUUCUUCUUCUUUUUUUCUAAUUUCUCAAGUUUUCUUAUUUUCGUGUAGAUAGAUAUUUUUUGUAUAGCUAUUGGCUUUCACUAUAGUAUACUUUAUUUGAAAAUCCUUAACUGUACGUUAUUUCUGUGAUAUAUGUUUCAAGAAAUAUAAUAU